GUCAACUCUGGCACAUGUAUAUGUAUGUGAAAAAUAACACAAAUAAAUAAAUAAUAUAAAAGGACAAAAACAUUAACAAGAGGAGCCUAUAGAGAACUUAUAGAGCUCAUUUGAAAGACCAGAUAUGUUUGGCACAACACUGUAUUCAGACCACAAAAUCUGCCAGACAUGAGACUUUUUUUUAAAAAAAUGUAAAAAAAAAAGACUUUUGCACCAUGUCACCAUGGUUUAAUAUUAAUUGUACUAUGCCCCAUUGACCAACAUUUUAGGAACCGAAAUGAAAUGUAUCAGUUCCUCAUAUUAUGGCACGUGAAUAUAUGGUUCCAAUUUUAAAUGUGAGAGACAGUAAUUUGUGCUAAUUUGUGCUCACAGUGACAAUCAUGUGAGUGUUUAGUAGGUGGAAUUUUUACCAUAUUCAUGCAUCUUAUUUUAGAGUCCAAGCAUUUUCCAGUUAGCCAUAAACACAGAGUACUACUUGUGUGGUGGGAAUUUCUGAUUAUUAGGCUAUGAUCUUCUUCCACAGUAAAUGAAGAAACCCGGACCCUUGUAGUACAUUUCGUCUCAGUCCAUCCAGUAUCUGGAAAGUGAAUCACAGACAUCUGACUCAUAAAACUAGUCACACCAAGAGGACUUGUAAAACCUGUGAAAUCGAACUGUAUCCUGAAUCAGCAACACAACCAGGCAGUAAAAUGACGUCCACAAAACUCAGGGACACCAUGUCACAGAAAACAGUUCACCCUCUGUUUAUCAAGAUUCCAAACGCCACCAUAAUAGAAGUCAUGUGGAUCUACUCUUUGCAAGAGGAGGCUGGAAAAAACACUGCUAUCAAAAUGUCUCCGAGUUGGUAAAGGGAUGUGGCCUUCGAACUAUGAAGACCAGGUUUUCGAGCAUGUCCCAAAAAGACUUGGGCAGAAAUCCUAUCAGGGCCAACUGACAGCAUCACGACCAUGGAGCCAUUUGCUGCAGUUUGAUUUUUGUGCAAUCGGUGGAAAUUGAACAUGUAUGAACACAAAUCUCUUCUGAGGAGCAAUGAAGCACUACAAGGUCUCACUAUUACUAAAGCAUCUGUGUCCUUUGUAGUUACCAGCAUCACAAUAUGGUUUAUUAUGCUUCAGCUCGGUCCGGGUCUACUCAGAGCGCAGCUCGGGACAACCCCCAACAUUAAACACAUUGCGGUUGGGAGGUGUUACACUUACACCACACUAGUUAACCCCAGCUUAAGGUAUGACUGUGAGGAGAUCUGGAGGCAGUUUGAGGAGGCGGUUAUCAGUCAUUCUUCUUGCAAUGUGACUGUGGAGGAUUACUAUCACAUGUUUAAUGCAAUGCCACAAAUUUGGCCUUGUGAUAAUUUCCUCUUCUGGAGUAAAACCAGAACACUGAUGCACAGCUGCGCAGUAUUUCGUCACUUCUGGACACUGGAAGACACCCCUGGUGGCUACAUGUUUAACGACCUCAUCUGGUGUGGCCAAGAAGAGGACUCUGGUUUUGAUUUCAGCUCUUGUCCGGAGUGGUCGGCAUGCCGAAAUCAUCCAGUCUAUUCCCUGUGGAGGCAAGCUUCACAAAAUUUUGCAGAAAUGGCAUGUGGCAACAUUACUGUCUUACUGAACGGAUCUAUUUUUAAUGCUUUCAGUAGGAAAAGCAUGUUUGGAAGUGUUGAACUGGACAGCCUGAACCCACAAAGGGUGAAUUAUGUCAACAUUAAGGUGGUGACCAAUCUAGACGGACCCCAUAUAGAGUCAUGUAGUCAAGGAUCCAUUGUAGACCUGAUCCAGAUCCUCCAAUCCAGAGGUUUUCACUGGACCUGUACAGACAAUGACCAGACCCUGAUGAUCUUGCAAUGCAUCCAGGACCUGAAACACUCAUCCUGCCAUGUGCAACAUCUAAUUGACCUUACAUCUAAUUGAAUCACAGACUACUGUGUAGAUAUAGUGCCUAUUUUAAAGUAAAUCCACAGUGUAAAUAAAGGAACAGUGAAUACUGCAAACACUGCCAUCCUUAUGUAAAAGUCAGAGACUGGCUUCUCUAAAAAUGAACCUGAAUGAAAGCACUUCCUGUGUGUUUUGCCUACCCACUACAGUCCCUUGAUCCGCACAAAUCUCCAAGGAAAAUGCAGCUGAAACAGGUGCUUCUCAACUUGGAGAGGAGGAACUGGAGUGCACUGAUUAAUUCACAGCCUUUAAAGACUCGUGUGUCAGUACUACUGUGUCUUCAUUAGAAACGUUAGUCUAUUUGUAGAAUUAAAGCCUGUGAGUUAAUCAGUGCACUUCAGUCCCCUCUGUCCUCUGAACCUCACUGAUCCCAUAUAAUUAGCAGAGUUAGUCUGCUUUCUGAAGAGGGGUGGUGUUAAUUUAACUGAAAACUUAUUUAGAAAAAUGAAAACAAAACAGCUGUAUUCUGGCUGGACUAUGUCUUGAUAAUAAUGACCUGUAUUUGCAUAUUUUACUUAACUGGGUUGAAACAACUCGUUUUUUUUUUUUUUGAUUUUUUGGUUUUUUUAACACGGGGCGCCUCAGUAUUGUAGUGUAUGAAACAACACUGUUAUGUCCAUCUGUGUUUAAGGGAUCUGAGGUCACACAGAAAAUAUUAAAGGCCAUGAACAUAUUGUAUAGUCUAAUUUUGUUUGCUCAGGGUUCGUUAAACACACCCUAACUUGAGUUGUGUGAUUUGUUUUGCAAUACCACACAGGGAUGACAAAUCUGUUUUCUGCCAAAUAAAUAUUUAAUUUCCUUGUA